CUCGACGGUCUGGGACGCCAGAGUCGCGAGGAGCUCGUGGGAUCGAGGACGUAUCCACAUUUAUCUUGCAAAAUCCAAUGGAAAUACGAGGGCGGUAUUCGGGCAAUGAGAAGCUCGGUUUCUCGGCAGAGCUUGGUCGAAGGGCGGGAGGAACGUGAAGUUGGCGCGGAAGGCGCAGGAACUUUUGUUCGGCGCGGUUGGCGGCGCUGCUAUCUGUCGGGGCAAGGCUCCACGGGCGACGGCUGCUCAGUCAGAGGUCUCGUUUGCAUCGUGUCGGUUCGCGCGCAGGACUCGGCUACACGUACGCACGUCGUGCACCCGCGAGCGCGGCACGAGAGAGAGAGAGAGAGCGCCAAACCCGUGCGUCCGCGUCGCUCUCUCUUCCCGCCUUUCCUCUCCCUCCUCACCCCCUCCCCCAUCACCGCCGCCCAUCGACUCGGUGUGUCGUGUCGUGUCGUAUCGUUCAGUGUCGUGUCCGCUACUGUGUGCGUCCUCGGGAUCUCGGACUCGUUUCUAGCGACGCGUCGUCGACGCGAGGACGGACCGAGGUGGCAGAAGGAACGACCGGAAGUGGGAAACCCGUCGACGGCGGACGUGCGCUUUUAUUCCUUCCUCCUACUCUCCUGCAUCGUCUCUCUCCCUCCUGGCGCUCGCGCGCCUUCUCUCUCCUCUGCGUGUGUCUCUCGCGUCGGUUUUCCUCGUCGACGAGCCGUCGGGCUCGGCCGCGCCUCCCGGAGGCCAGCUCCCGGUGACAGUGCGUCGUGUCAUGUGUGUCCCGUUGCCCCAGUGCUGUGCCCGAAAGUUCUCGUCCUUCGAGUGCUCCGAGUGCCGUCGGAAACGCCUGUGACUGUGCAACUGCGACUCCACGUUCCCCUCGGAAGAGGAAGGUUUUCCGUCGUGGGAUAUGUGCCCGCCACCGCCCGCGAGAUGCUAAUUAAAUAAUGGUGCUAAGAGAUCCCAAGGGUAAGGAUGAGGGAAAGGACACCCUCUGCCGACGACACCCCGAAAAGGGCUCCACCGGCACCAAGCAGAGAGGCGGCCGUAGCUGGUAGCGAGACACCGAACGACGACACGAUCGAGGCUUAUCACACAGCCAAGUUGGCCACCAUCUCUGAUUCGAUAUCCGACGCGACGUCGUCUUCCGACAGAAUGGUGGCGUCGAUGCAGAGCCUAGAGGAUCUGGCCGUCAACCAUUCUGCCAACGCGACAGGUAGCAACGGCGAUCGUCAGCAGCAACAGCAGGAGCGAUACGGUCACGCUUACAAAUCGGCGCAGACCGCCCAGGACAAACGAUCGAGACUGAGUAAUGUCAUUAACAACCUGCGUAAGAAGGUGCCGGACGGAACUGCUAAGGGAAACGCGGAGUCAGCGAGGAAAGAGGAAGACGAUCGCAACAGCGUCGAGAGAAAUCUAGAGACGCUCGAGAAAUACGUGAUGACGGUGUUGAAUGGUGUGAUCAAGGACAAUGAGGAGGAGGACAAGGGAAAGAGCGUAGAAAAUACGAAGGAACCGGAGAGACGCAGAAAAGACGCUGACGACGACGAGAAUCCGACAGGUACGAAGUCCGAGUCUUCGAACGAAGGUGAUAUCGAGGCUGCCGCGGUGCCGUGUUUGGAGGAUUCCUCAAAGAUCGGAAAUGCCGAAUCUUCUAAGAUGGCAGACUGUUCGAAUACAAAGGGAGCGAUGGAAGAGAGUAUAGAAGUUUCGGAAGUUAAACUUAAUCAGGAUUCAAAGGAACUAUCUUCGAGAACGGAGGAAGAACAUCUAGACAUCGAAAAGGAAGAGUCGCUCGAGAAUGACCGAGACAUUUCGAGAGAGAAAAAGGAAAAUCGAACACUGGGCACAAUCAUAAUGGACAGGUUAAGCGAGCAUCAAGUUGAAGAGAGAGCAAACGUCGACGACGGUAGAGGAGAAGACCGACGUGAUGAACACGUCAUCUCGGAAAACAUGGAGGUGCGAGCGAUCUGCACAGAAUUACUGGAUGAGUUGUUAAAUGAUGUUCAUUUAACGAUUGAUAAUCAGAAAAGCCAACAGAGAGUCGAAGAAUGCGAGAAAAUAAAAGAAGUUAGCGACACGGCUGAAUCGAAGGUAGAGGACAUCAAAGAUUCGAAUUUGAAAGUUCAGGAAUCAACCACGAAGAGCUUGCACUGCAGUUUACCUUUGGACAAGGUCGCGUCCGUGCUUCAAAAUUGUCAGACUAGCGAAUCGAUGGCCUCGCGACUCUCUUCAGGAUCGCCUUUGAAUGCUCCGUCGACGCAAAAGUCGAAAUCAUCGUCCAGCACCAGUCCACCAGUUAGACUCCUUUGUCUCUACUGCGAUAGGAAGUUCUCCUCUAUAUCUCUACGACAGCGACACACGGAAAGAGUGCACCAACUCGGUGGUAGAAGAUCGGAAAGAAACUCGCGCAAACCUUCUCAGAAUUGCCAAUAUUGUUCGGAGAAGUGCGCCGAUACCUUGGAAAUGCUAUUCCAGCAUAUGAUCAGCAACCAUGGAGACAAGUAUCAUGCGUGCAUUCAAUGUUUAACAAGGUAUCCUACUCGUGAAGCUCUGACGGGGCACGUGAACGAGACGCAUAGCGGAAAUACGGAAAGGUCCACCAGUCAAGUUCAGGAGAAAAUCAAAGAAGGUUCGCCCUGCAAGGAAUUUUACAAUCGCGAGAAGGUGAACGUACCAUCAGUCAAAGAGAGAAUAUCUGAAGAAAAGGAAUUGGAGACAAGUCAAGGUGACAGUCGACAGUUAGACAGCACCCGGACAAAACUCAUCGCAACCCGGGAUUCCAUUGAUAACCCGGCCAGCCCAGAGUUUGACAGCUCUUUUUACAGCAAUGUGAGCUGCAAUAUCCGCGAGAACUUGCUACACCAUUUGGACGGCAAGCUGCAGACGAUUGGCGGUUCGUCAGCGUGCUCAUCAUCCAUCACCGUCUCUAGCACAACGACAACGAUGAUGACGGAAUUAAAAUCCCAGCAGCAACAACAACCACCGCAACAAUCGUAUUACGAGCAUAGCGUCAAUCAGGUUCAAUUUCAAUCACCUAUUGAUAUCUCGCUAACCGCGGCGACGCCGGUUUACAGCAAGGACUACUCGGCCGGCGAAGAGUACGAAAACUCGAGCGAGUACGCGCGUAAAGCCGGUAAAACUAGUAGCGGUUCGCGUCCGCGCAGAGUCUCCUUUGAGAAGUACAACUUCCCGCGCAAGUACGAUGGCAGGGAACAGUGGACGUGCUCGAUCAAGGACCUCAACAAGUUCGACAUCUCUACGCAAUUAUCACUUCGGAAGAAACAGCAGCUGAUCAAGGAACGCCUCACCAUUAAUAGGCUACAUCAAAUCCCGUUAAUGUCUUGCGAAACCACUGAAGUAUCUCUUCGCGAUGGAGAGCAUGUUGAAUCUGUCGUCGAACCGGCAGCGAGUAAUCAAGAUAAUGUCGAUGGAGGUUGCAGCGUCGACGCGGCUUCCGCGAUUCUCGACGUUGUCUCUUGCGAUCCUGGCGAAUCGCUUUUAAGCGAGAUCAAGAAGGAGACGACGGAAGAAUUGUCCGCGGCAACUUUAUCGUCGCGUUCAACGAAAUCGUUUAUUACUACGGAAUUCACCAUUGAGUUCGCAGAUUUUAUGAGACUAAACAGGCGGGAGCAAAGCGGUAAUGAGGCCAAUAUUGAGAAGAUUAUCUACGCGGAGCUGAGUGGCGAGUGGUCGCGAACACGAAUCUAUAUAUGCGGCGCUUGUGGUUCCAAACACUGCCUCGUCUUUUGCAAUAGUCAAAACAUCAGCUGGAGCAAUAAUAUCAAGACUAUUUUAUACAUGACGCUGAAGGAGAUGGAGGAUCACAAGGCCUCUACCCAUCCGCGCGUCCUGUGCUCGCACUUCGAGCUGACCGGCGAUCAGCGCGAGCACUACACGCAUCUGUAUCUUCCUGGACAGAACAAGCCCACCGAUGAAGCUCGCGAUGCCACGCUCGAGGAAACGGUGUGCAGCAAAUGCACCAAGAGCUGCCUGAAUGUGGCUGAGCUGCAUCGUCAUAUGCUGGAAUGUGGCGGCGAUCACGCCUGGCUGCUCGGUCUCACCGGCAGCGGCAAGAGGAAGUGCAAGUGGCGGCCAUUCGGCAGCCGCAGCCGUCGACGACGUCAGCGCGGCAUGAAGAGGAACAUACAAAAUUCGCAGACGCAGCCGAGGAUUGUCAACGCGGAACAACGACCCAAGGAGAAACAGACACCGACCGGACCCAGGGUCCGACCGAGCGACCGUAAGAAAUUUUCUACUAGCAGACUGGAUACUGGAAAAUGCGAAAGUAUUCAGAAAAUGCUAGCCAAUCUGCCGGCUAAGAGAGCCACGAGGAAAGUUUUGCAGGACAAUGCGAUGCGAUCACAAGGCAAACUACGUAACGUGCAGACCAGAACGAGGCCACGCAUAAUCGGCGACAAUUCGUCCGUGUCACGAAUCUCGCGUAACAAAGCCGCCCUGAGGAACAAGUUGCUGAAGAAUGCCAAGUCGAUCCAACGGAAUCGCUGUCGAAGCGACAACAUAACUGCAGUGAUCGAGAGCGUCGUGAAAAAAUGUCACGAGACGGAGAAGAGAUCGGACGGUGACGGCAAGAAUGUCGAAGUCGGGGACGAGAAUAAGAAGGAUGCCAAAGAGAUCAACGAGGUUUUCUUGGCCAGUAAGACUUUAGAUUUGAACGUUAAGGUCGUUCGUCCGAAAGCAGUUGGACGACCUAGAAUUUUUGAUAAAAAGGCGAAAAUCGACAUGAAGAGAAAAAUAGGCAAUUCUCAAUUUCAAGGUAAAGACGAUAAGCUGGCGAAUUUAAAAGCGAAGGGCAAAUCUGGAAAGUUCAAGAGCACUGGUACUUCGUCGGAGACGAAGAGUGAUGUAAAAGGUGAGGAAACGUCCUCUCCAAAGAAUACACCAAAGAACUCGAAAACGACGUCGAGGACGACUAAUAAAGGCACCAUCGGUCCCGGCAAGAAAAGAAUAUCGGUUCUUGGAAUAAGGAAUAAGAAGAAAACAAUGCAGGGCGUCCUGAAGAGGAAACGUUCCGCGGAUCCGAUGACGUCCUACCUCAAAGCCUCCCUCAAAGCGAAGUCGCAGUUACGAACGCAAGACGGUAAAUUCGCUCGCAAUCCGAAUAAAGAAGCACCGACAAAAUCGUUAGAGCUGAAAAUGGACGACGGAAAACAUAAGACUGUCAGUUCGGUCGAAAGCAAAUUAUUGAAGCCGAAGGCGAUCCAAAAGUUGAAGAAAGCCAAGGUGAAGCUGCCACGAAGAGUCACCCGGCUAUCAUCGGACAGCGACAAGAUGCCGACUUUAGAACCAGCAAUGCAAAUUGUGUCCCCCAACGAGGACGAUGCCGAUAAAUCGACGAACGACCUGCCCAUCUUGUCGCCGGUGACAUCAUCAGGAUCUCUUCAGGAUCAGAAGACACUUCGAACUUCUGCAAAGCACGUUUCGAAAGAGAAAGAAAGUAAUACCGAGACUAAUACUGAGGUUGCACCAGAAAAAAGCACAAAGGAGCAGAAAUCAACGCGGGGACGAAAGCCGAAACAGGAACCGAAAAACACAGCGAAACGGAAGGAAGAGAUAAUUGAAGAAAACGAAAUUUCCAAAAAUAACUCGAUGAUGCUAAAAGAGAGAAAAAAGAAAAUCAGAAAGACUUUGCACACCAAGAAUAUUAAUAACGGCGAAAAUAGCAAGGAAGAAACAUCAAAAGGUGAAGUCAAUGUUAAAAAGGAUUCAAAGUCAAAGAAGGAAGAAACGAAAGAAACGCGAAGUAAUUCGAAAAGCAAAAUAGAAAAAGAUUCUAUGAAACUACCAGACAUCCCGUUUGAAGUAAAGAAGCUCUUGGGUUCGGCUAGCAAAGAAGACCUUUUGAAUACGUUAGAAAUCGCGUCUAACGAUACUGGCUCGAAACGCAGUCUGAGACAAUCGACGCCAAGGUCGAAACCGCUCCAAGCAAAUGAUAAAAGCCCACGAGAACUUGAUGAAGAAUUGGACAACUCGAAAGGAGCCGGAAAGAAAGAGAAGGUAGAAGCAAUUAGGAAAUCAUCUAGGAAAAACGUUGAGAAGAAAGACGACGAAAAGAUGGUGAAAACAAUUAAUUUGGAAAAGGAUAUCAAAGAUGCGACUAACAAUGUUACGCAAAACGAAAGAAAUCAACAAAGCAAAAAAGAGACUCGAGCAAACGCGAAAUCGAAGGAAAUCGAUAGCACUGAUAUCGAGGAUAAGAUCGACAGCAGACAGACUAGAAGAUCAUUGAUUGAAGCCAGGAGUGAGCCGUCUUCGGAAGUUACAAGUAGUAGCUCCCAAAAAGCUAGCGGUUUGUCUGGGAAACGCCGCAGUCGCAUCAAAUCCAUUGACGAAGAAACCAACACACAUGCGACGCAAAAACAGAAUAACAGUGAGAAUGUCAUACCGAGCGAGAAGGAAACUCAGAAGAAGCAGGAAUUUGAAGAGACCAUCGACAAGAACGAAACCGAAGGCGAUAAUAACAAUUGCGACAAUCGUGACUCGAUGAUGAUGAAUCUUAAUCUGAGUCACUUGCAAUCCGAAACAAGCAACUUGUCAGUGGAUAGCGGUAAGGAGAAUUCUUUAGAGACUUCAGUGAAUGUUCACAAUAAACUGAAGGUGACGAAACCCAAGAAAACGUGGGGCGCGCGUCGAGAGAGAUCGUCGAGGAAGAGAUCUUUGAACAAUGUUAUUGGCAUUCUGACUGAAGGCAUAAACAUUCCCGUAGAACAAAGCGUGCAGGUACUGACGGUUCAAACUAGUCUAGACAAUCCGGAGAGAGUGACGCGUAACGGAAACACGCAACAACCUGUUGGCGAGGACAACGUGACAACAGUUCUCGCUAGGAAUGAGCAGGAAUCCACAGAGAAUGAAGUUGUAGCGACGAAUGUAAAUGAUCAUCAUGCGGAUGAUGAAAAGAACGCUCGUCCUUGUAUUGAUAAAACGCAGGACGAAAAUGCUUUUGCGGAUCAGACCGACACGUCGUCGAAAGUCUCCACUGCCAAGGUAAAUUCACCGACCAACGACAUCAUUCUCGAUUUGUCCAGAAGAAAAUCCAAGGGUAAGGGUUCUUACCUGGAGAAGAUUGUAUCGAAGAUAGCCAAGCAGAAGGACGCUUUGUUGGAGGGUGAGGUAGGUUCCCUUCUGGACAAUGCCGCCGACGAGUUGACCAGCAUUCUUGACGAAGUCGGGCCUGCUUUGGCCGAUAAUACGGAAUGUACGAAUUUUGGCGAGGUAAGCUAUGCCUCGAAGAACGAGAACAAUGAAAGUACGAUUAUAACGAGUACAUCUUCCAAUAAGAAAUCGCCAAUAAUUGCCAUUUCUGAAAACCGAUCGGAAAACGAUGCAAUUAUCAAGAAUGCCACUGCGGAACGUUCAACGGAUUUAAUGAUUCAAGAUAAUCGUGAAGAAAACUUAGCAACGAGAAUUGAAAUAAAGAGCAAGAAUCAAACUAAGGUAAAUGAUGUUUCAGAUGCUGAAACAAAAGACAAUUAUGUUGUGGAUAGACAAGUGAGUGAUACAAUGCGGUCUGUUGAGGAAUCGCAAGUUGAAUCUUGCGAGAAUAAAUCGGCGACGAAUGAAGAAGCAAUUAUUCCAAUGGAGAUCCCAGAUGAGACUCCAUCAUCAUUGACAGAUACUUUAACGGAGAUUUCCAUUUCGUCAAUUACGACACAAAAACUAAAUGUAGAGAAACUCGAAAAGAAAGAAAGUGGCGUAAAAUCUAGAAGGAAAUCUAGUAAAAGAUCUCUGGAGGAUGCAAGCUGGUCGAAGAAAAGCAAAAGAAAGUCAUUAGAAGUCGUUGAAGAUUUUAAUGAAAAGGAUAUUCAGAAAGAGUUCCGACUCGACGACAUUAUCGCGUCCAUCCCCAAGCAAAAAGAGAUGUUCAACGUUAGACAUGAGCUUGAAAAAGAAGAUAAAACCAUGAAAAUUUCGGAAAUAGAUGCUAAAGUCGAGAAGUUUCAACAUAGUGAAAGCAAAGACUUGGAGUUGUCGAGUUUAGAGAAAAUCCUUGCGGAAGACGAUGAAUCAAAUUUGGAGAGAUUUGCCAACCUCCCAGAAGCGGCUUAUGAAGAAGCGGCUGAAUUAACAUCAAAUCUUGAAGAAGCCGUUAACAAAAUAAUUUCUGACGAAGAAGUUGUCGAAGCUAAUACUGAAGCGAUAGAAUUAAUCGAGGAAAAUAUUGAAUCCUCGACAUUAAAGAAGGCUGUUAAAAGCGAAAAAUCUAAGGAUAGAACUCGGAAGAAAAACCAAACAAGCGAAUCAGUUCGACGUACAUCCAAGAGGAAAUCACAAUCUCUUUCAAGUGUUCUUCAAACUUCUGUGAAGCCCAUUAAUGAGCUAUUAUCUUCUUCACGCAAAGAAGAUUCUUUGGAAUUUACUGAUGAGAUUAAAAUCGAGAUUACUAACGAAAAUGAUAUUUUAGAAAAGUCUUUAUAUACAAUAGAAACAACAUCAAAAAAACGAGAUGAAAUACAAAUUGCAGAUAAUUUAACAUCUUCAAAAAUAACAAGGAAACAAGCUACAAAGAAAAAGUCACUAGCCGAUGAACAUCUGACUCUACCAGAAGACGAGCCUGCCGAAGUUACUUCGAAAUUUAACGAGGGACCUAAUGUCGCAGAUUCUAUCGAGCAAUUAUCUGCUAGCCUAGAACCUUUUAAAAUACCGGAAGUAAAGGAUCUGUUGCAGAGCGUGAAGAAACGCGGUCCGAAAAAGAAGGUGCUGCUCGAGGACGAUCGCUGUAAUGGCAAGACUGUUUCCGAAGAAUCUUGGAUAAACGAAGAACUCGCAGAAGUUAACGAGAUGUCUAACUUGAUUGAGAAAGUCGAAGAACAAAUAGAAUUCAAGGAACACAUACAAGAACAAUUGAUCACGAAGACGCUCGAGAGAUCAAGCUCUUCAGGUUCGAUCGGUCUCACUCCAUCUGUAGUCAAGACGAGAUCCAUGUUCAAGAAAACACAGCUAUCGAGUGAGGAGGAUCUUGCCGUUGCCAGCAUUCGUAGUCAGGACGCUGAGAGUACGGAUGACUUAUCCGAGAGUUCGUGCGCCAGCGAAUCCAGCUAUUUCAGGAGGAAGCGAUUCGCUAAGAGGAAGAGAAAGGAGGAAAACGUAGCUCACGAUAACGAAGAAGCAGAUUUGAUAACACUAAAUAGUGAUAAAGAAAAUUUAAACGAGGAGACGGCAAAAGUUAAAUCGUUGCUUGAUGAGCAUCUCGAUCUUUCUGAUGUGGACGAUCUCGACAUUCCAAUAGAUAUCGAAGCUUCGUUGGAGAACACAAAAGCUUUAGAGAGUAUCGAGCGAGAGUUCGAACUUGCUGAGAAAUCUGCAGCAUUACAAAACGAGGCUGAUACACCAGUAGAUGAUACACCAGUAAAUGAUGCACCAGUAAAUGAUGCACCAGUAAAUGAUGAAUCAGUAAAUGAUGCACCAAUAAAUGAUGCACCAGUAAAUGAUGCAUCAGUAAAUGAUGCACCAGUAAAUGAUGCUCCAGUAAAUGAUGCUCCAGUAAAUGAUACACCAUCGACAAAUAAAUCAUCAAACAAAGAUGCUACCACAGAACAAACAAUAGCGAGUAACCUUGAUUCUUUGGAUGAUGCUCUUGCUCCGAAGAAACGCACGGCAGGUAACUUUGUUGUAGUACACACGAAAACCGGUGAAAUUCUAAUAGUAGAGAAGAGAAAGAAGCUCACGAAGGAGGCAGCUAAAUUUUAUUGCGAUGUGUGUGCCACUAGUUUUACUCGCAACAGUUCCCUGAAGAAGCAUACACAGUCGCAGUCCCAUUUGCAGAUGAAAUCUACCAAGGAUAAACUCGAACCUGCUAACAACAGUACACAGUCCGAUAAUGUUAAAGAAACCGAUAAAGAGAAAAGUGAUCAAGUGAGCGAUCGAAAUGCGAAGGGUGUUUCAAACGAUGGUCAAGCUUACGAAAUCAUUCCGAAGACCUCGAAUGAGAGUUAUACUCCUUAUGUAGUUGUCACGGAAUCUCUAGAUCUAGGAGUAAUGAAGCAGGAAACGCUAGAAGAUAAAUUGUUAGACGAGGAAAUUUGCAAAAUCACUGAAAACAUGAGUCACGAGGAAUAUGUUCUGACUGAUCAAGUGACGCCAGAGGAACCAAUAUCGUCGUCUACUCCUAAACAAAUCCAAAAGAAACAAGACGAGUCAGAACAAAAUAGGAGCGGCGAUAAGAAGCGCAACAAGAAGAAAAAGAACUUGGCGGAGGAACAUUUGCUCUUGGAUUCUCCCGACUUGGAAGAAUUUAAAUUUGAUCCGAAUGAAUUGGCAUCAAAUACGGUUAAUUGUCUUGUACAAAACUCUUCUUCGCCAUCUUACGAGCAUAGUUCGACAAAAGAAAUCGUACAAACAGAAAAAGAAACCAAAGACGUACCUGAAGAAAUUCAUUUUAUGGAUUCAGCCGAAACGAAGAAAGAGAUGGACUCGAUUGUCGAAUCUUUGAACGAUGAAGUAGAUUAUUCAAAAUUAUUAUGUGACACCGAGAUGAAGGAUAAACAACAUAUAGAAUCUACGAGGACUACGAGGAGUACAUUGAAGAAAGUCGGCAAAGUAGAUAACGAUAAGAAGGAAGAAAGUGAAACUUCAAGUGAGACGACUCGUUUUAGUCUGAGACCGAGAAGAAAUAAAAACAUUCAACAUUAUGAAGAAUCUGAUGUAGAAGCUGAUAUUUAUUUUAUAGACGUUUCUAUGCAGAUGAACAACGACGAGAUGGAAACUAGCUAUGACUCACUAAAGAGACAGAACGAAGCGGAACAAGAAAUUAGUAAGGACCCGCUAGAAGAAACGACUGAUAUUGAAAACAAAAGUUUUCAGGACGCGGAAGUCGUGAAAUCAAAGCCAGAGUCGACUAAUGACACUAAAAAGAGAAAACGUGGGAGACCGAGAAUUCGAGAUCGAAUUGUUUCAAAUUCGAGUGCUACUUCUGCUCACGGAGAAUUGGAAGUUAGUGAAAAUGAGAUCGCUACGAGUAAUUUUGAAGAAUCAAAAAUCAAGGAUCAAAAAUUAAUUUCUCAUACUAAAGAGCAUCUUGACGAGGCUAGCAAGUCGGCGCAUAUUAAUCCAAAUAUUCAUCCUCCUAAACGAAGUAGAGGCAGACCUAGAAAGAAUCCUGUACAAAACGCAACCAAUUUAUCAAUACAAGCAGAAGAUUCUAGUGCCUCCGAAUCGAUGAAAUCAAAAUGCAACGAAGUAGUAAAAGAAGAAACGGGACAAAUUGAAUCUGAAAAAGCUGCUUCGACCACUUUGGUAAAUUCUUCAGAAUCGAAUGAUGAAUUUUUUCUUGCCAGUAAAAAUCAUAUUCGAGAAUCGCAAUUAUCGGAAACGGAGAAGGACGAAUUAAAAGUUGAUGAAGAAAACGAGAUUCCAUUCAUUAAGGUGAAUACUUCUGACGACCAAUUGAUGCAAGAGGUAGAAUCUACAAACAUCAAGAUAGCCGAUAUAUUCACAAGGAAUUGCGACACGCUUGCUUUUAACAUUCCAUCAGAAAAAAAUGAAGUUGUCGAUACAUCGGAAAUUAACGAAAACGCUGACGAUGGAAAAGUUACGUCAGAGGAUAAAUCUGAUAAUGAUACGAGUGCAAAUAUUUCAAACAACUCAACAGCCGAAUCUUUAACCGAAUGUUCUUCGCAAAUUACUGAAAAAGUAUCAAUUAUAAUUGAUGACUUGAAAUCAAUUGAAUCUAUUAGAACAAAUAAACUUGAGAGUUGCGAGAUUCAGCAGCCAUCAAAUAUUUCGGAGGAGAAACAAACGAAAUCAGGAAAGGAACAUCCGGAGGUAGAAAUAUUCCAAAAAGAAACGAAGCUCGAAUCGCAAUCAGAAAACAGUGAGGACGAAGUCACUGACGAUAAAUCUCUUCUCAUCACAACUCCUUCCGAGUUGUUAGCUCAGAAGACGAUAGAUGAUUUAGAUAUUGAUAGUAGCCCCGAUAAAAGAACAUCUCGAACGGAAUCGUCUAGCAAGAGAUUAUUCUCAGGAAGUUCUCAGUCGGCCGGCAAAGAACGAGAAACUGGUCGUAAGAAAUCAAAAGCCUCUCGAGGUAAAAGAAAAAAGACUACCGUAGCCAAGAUCACUGAAUUAUCGAGCGACAGCGAGAACGAAUUCGAUGGGAUCGAAUCUGCUUCUUCGAGCAAAAGCAAGAUCGUGAAGAGCGUGUUUGGCAGAGUAUUCGGCGGCGAGAAGGCAGACAAGGUGAAGGAGGUGCUGAAUGACUGGGUAUCGCGGUCGGAAGACGAUUCGGACAUAUCCAGAAGCGCUUCCGAGGCGAGAUCCUGUUUACGUGGACCGACCAAGAUCUCCGAGAACGGACACAAGAAGGAUAAAAAGCGCCACUCGAGUUCCGACACAAAAAAGGAUGCUGAGUUGUCUCCCAGAAAAAAAGGAAGCGAUAAAAGCAAUAAUCUCGAGGUUCAUGGAAAAUUGAAGAACCGGAGGAAACGAGAGAAGGAUCUUAAUACGACGCUCGAGGAUCCUGUCGAGUCACCCAUUAAUCCAGUCAAGCGAAGACAUCGAGAGAGCAAGAUCAGAGCGGAUGAGAGGAUACUCCGGACUUUUGACUCGUCGGAGUCGCUAAUUCUUUGGGAAAACGACGAAGAUGUGAACAAGAUUAAAGAAAUGAGCAGCCAGUUUGACGAGGAUUGUUUGAGUAAAAAGGAUGACGAAUUAGGAAGAUAUCACGAGGAAGAAUGGAAGGAGGAGCGAACGAAGGAUAGGAACCCGAUUUCUACAGACUGGGAGAAUCUUCGAGUCGACCACGAUGUCUAUGGAAAAUCGAAAAACAGUUCGAACCGUAAAAAACAGGAUGCUCACGCGAAGAACGAGCGUUCUUCUUCGCCUUCGCAAUUCAACAUGUUCAAAUGCAGACAGAGAGAGAGUAAGAUUAAGGCCGGUGAAAGGAUCUGGAAAGCCUUUGAUAACGAAACUUCAGCAUGUCUUUUUGAUCAGGACUUGAACGAGAUACGUAAGAAUUUCAAGGAACAAGAAAGUGAAUUUCAUGAAUCUGGAGACUUAGAUCGGUUGAAUAAUUCGAAGAGUGUCAAACAUAAGGAUGAUGACACUUGGAAAGAUAGCAGUUUUAUAAAUCAAGAGCAGAUUGAAGCACAAAAUGCACGCGGAAAAUCGAAAAAGGACUCGAAUAAUCGUAAGAAACAGAAUUUUAAUACAACCGACAAGACGAAAACAGAUGACAUGAUUUCAAAAAAUUCAGAUAACUCUGAUGACUCACCGAUAGCUUUAAGAAAUCAAAAAACGAAGGACGAAAUGCAAAACGAUCAGACGACUCGAUCUACAAGUGAAUCGAGAAACCGGUCCAAGAAUCUGACUGUCAAAGAUAAUACUUAUGAAUCUUUCGCGGAUAUAAAUCAUCAGUCAACAAAUUCCAGAAAGAGCAAAAAGGGAAUCGCCAGUGAAGAUUGGAAACUUUCCAUGAAAAAUCUAGAAUUCGAUCAGGAAGAUCUCGCAAAGGACGAUCAGCCGAUGGAGAAGGAGAAGCUGAGACAGAAGCACGAGGUAUCCGCGAUUUUGUCGCACAGCAAUUUAGCGGGACUAGUUGUGAAAGAUCAAUUCGCCGAUCUCGACGUAAAUUCUCAAGCGAUUCGGGAGUCUGAUAAUGACGACGAAGAGGAAGAGCAGGAAGACAACGACGAUGAUGACGACGACGACGAUGAUCUCGGACGUCGAAGAAUGUCGCCGUUCUAUGCUUGCGAGACUCCCCGAGACAGCUCGAUAGAUAGUAGCUCCAACAACGAGGAGGACGAGGAUGAAGAUGGCGACGAAGAAGAAAGAAUGACGCACGAAGAUACUUCUAGAAAGAAUUCGAGUGAGUUCUCUGGGGAAAAAAUCGUCAUCAGGUCGCCGUCAUCGGGUCACAGAUCGGAUGUGGUGACGAUCGCCCCCACGGACGCGAUCGAGGAUAACGCUUUAGAUGUACCGAGAGAGAUUGAGUCGAUGACGGAGCCGCGACAGGGUAAGAUCCUAAACUUUGACGAGGAGCUCUUUGUAGAGUGUUGCUCGAGAUUGAAGGCCACCAGCGAGAAUGAACUGAGAGGCGCGAAGAAGAUCAAGCUAGACCACACAGAGUCUUAUCACAGGCGAGACGAUCAGCCGCAAGGAUUCAGAGUUAACAGAGACCGAUGGAGGGACGUGGAGAGCCAAAACAGUCUUGGUAGUCUUCUGGAAUCAGUGAAUCAAUUGCUCGGCGAGGAGAUGUGCAACAGUUACGACAAAAGCUAUCGAACGCGCGGUAGCGAACAAUCUAGCAGAUCCGCCAGUCCGGACGCGUCGCGAGUCGACAAUCUCAGUUACGAGGACAGUCUGGACGUAGCUUUUCAGCAUAAUAACAAGCUCCGAGACAAGAUUCAGCAGCGUAUGAGAGAGAGCGAGAAUCUGAUAGCCAGCACAUUCGGAAGUCAGAAGACCGACGACAACGAUUAUCCCGACGAUGACAAGCGAGGCAGCGUCAGGAACUCGUCGUAUUCUUCGAGCAUACACGAGCAGGAACAACUAUCUACCUCGAUUGCGUCGAAUAGAGAACGAGUACCGUCGCCGGGACACAAGAAUAAAGUGAAUUCGACUCUAGGUGGUCUGGUAGACAAGGCAUUGUCCAACUUGUUGCACAGCAACAGCAAACAUGACCACAACGGAUCCGCUCCAAUGAAACUGUUGGCGGAAUUGGCCUGUGCACGAGCUCCUACCUCCACAUCACCGGAGGACACUACGAACAGCGGCAAGAAUCAUCAAUCGGUGAAGAUGGUCGCCGCAACUGUGGCAGCGGCUACAGCGACCAAAGAUACCUCGGAUUUGUCGAAGAAGCCGACGAAGGGAUCGACGGUGGUGAAAACAUCUCAGACAAAGAAGACUAGAAACCCUAUCAAAGAGCUAUUUGAACGCAAGAAGGAGAUAAAUGACAGAAAGGAUCAGGAACGUUCAAAGGCCACCCAGGAGUCAAACGUGCAGAAACCACGCAAACCGAAAAGGGGCAAGAAGCAACAGCAGCAGCAGGAGUUCCCGCUGAUUCGAAGAAACGAGCUAUAUGGCGGUUUGAUGGAGAAGAAAAAGCGUCGCGAUUCCUUCGAUCGAAAGGGGGACUCGGACAGGAUAAAGGACGUGUAUGAAUUUGACGAGGAGGAGAGCCAAAUUGCGCCUCCUUUGGGUAGUGUAAUGUCCUACAGGAGUCAAGUCGACAAGAGUUACGACAGCAACUGGUUGAAGAAGGAUAUUGAUGAGGAUCUCGGCGCAUUGGAGAACGGCAAAACUAAUUACAUCGCGGACACAAAGUUAGACGCUAUAAUCGAUCGUAAGUUUCAAGAGCUAGAGAAGUUUGCACCCAAGACGAAAGGCGCUUUGAAGUCGUUCCAGAGCGAAGAACAGCAGCAGCAGCAGCAAGUUGCGGACCCAAUCAUUGGACCGAUGGAUGAUUUUGUGGAAAGGAAACAGCAACGCUUGAAGCGUCUUGAGCAGAGUGUCAAACAGCCCAGCAAACUCAAGAAGCGAGGUAAAAGUCCGAAAAAACGAGCGAGAAACGCGUGGUAUGAGAAUGACAGCUCGGACGAGUUCAGGACAGCUGCGAAGGCGGAAGAUGUUGGCGUUGGCAUUUCGAAGAGUCAACGCGCAUGCUCGAAGGGCAAACAGAAUCUCUUUGCAGAAUUGUCGACGUCGUCCGAGAGUGAAUAUGAGCGGGAAGAAGACGCUGAUUAUGUAAUUGCGAACGAACAACAGCCUCCGUCGUCGAAGUCGAGAAAGAGCCUAAAGAAACAGCUCGACGUCGACACCGAUGAGAUAAAUUGUGAUCAGCAUGUAAUCAACGAAUCCAAAUUCGAGAACGAAGAUCAAAUUGUAAAUUGCGAUUGGGAGAAUCAAGUGGCGCAGAAGAAUGCUGUAAAAAAGGAUUACGAAGUCGCUAAAUCAGAGUCAGAAAUGUCGGAUCGUUCGUUGGUGAUAGAUGAGAGAAAGACGAUCGACGAAGCGAGAAACAGUGAUGACGAUGCGGACAAUCAAUACGAGAGGACAUUUGAGCUGGAAGAUCUGUACAGAGAAGAUAGUUCAGAGACGGAGACGGAGGUCGAAGGGAACGAAGAACCGACAUUGAUGGUCGAGGAAGCAAAAGACAGAGUUGAAAUGCAAGCGUUGGACGAUGAAAACGUAACUUUGCAAAUGAAAACUUCGAAUAUGAAAGAUGAUUACGCACCGGAGAAUGAAUUGAUUCCCUUGGAAGAAGCUUUAGAUUUCUUGGAUAGACACGAGGAUCUUGAACCGAAAUCUGAGACUGUACGCUUGAAAGUCCAAACUGAAAAUGAUAGCGUUAAUGAUGAUAUAAUAGAUAUAGUGAACGAAGCUUCUAACGAUGGAAUCGUUAACGUGGACAAGGAAAACAAGCAUCUGGAUCAUACGGAGACACAAGAUGAGAAAGAAGAACCGGAUGACGAUGUUCCAGCUUUGCCUGAGAAACUAUCCAGCAACGAGAAACCGCAGAAAGAAUCCGAUAACAAUCUUCCUCUACACGUGUUCCUUAGCAGAAAGGUACAAGAAUCAAAGAAGAGAAAGCAACAACAAUUAGACAAAUUACGAGAAGAGCAGGAGAGAAUACUCAUGGAUUUCCAGCCGACUAGAAGACAGAGGAAGUGCGCGAUAGGCAAGCAAGGGUUGCUAGCGGAAAUAAGCAGUUCAGAUGAGGAAUCAUAUGCUAGAGAUAACAGCAAGAGAGGAAACGAUCAUGACAAAUCGCGUAAGAAGAGAGAGUCGAAAGAGAAAAGAAAGGAGAGAUAUCUCGAAAAAAAACACGAGCAGAUGUUCGCCAAAGAGCAGAAAGCGAUCGAAGAGCAAAUUUUGCGAGAGGUUGGCAAGAGAAAUAAGAUUGUCGUGCAAAGCACAGACGUAGAUACGGAGGAAACCAAAGUCGUUUCUGGGCAGAUCCAUAAAAAGAAAUACCAGUCUAAGGAGAAGCAAAAGAAAAGCAGCGACGAGAAUAUUGAGAAGACUGCACAACACAUUUCUUCCACCAAUCAGUCUCCCCUUGGCAGUUCAGAAGACAUUCACAGUAAUUUAAAAUCUGUGUUUCCCUCUACAGAGAGUACCAUCGAGAACAACGGCCACUUAUCAAUGUCAUCUAAACGAAAAAAGCUCUUGAAAUCACCGGUGAGAUUGAAAAAAGUUCCCAAACUCGGCGAGAACGGAAAGAUUCCGGCGAGCAAGAAGACUAAAGAAUCAUCAGAGAAGUCCAAGAAGACAUCCGCGAGUAAUAACAAGGAUUCGAAAGAGCGCAGAUCGUCUGGCGGAAAACACGACUCCGACGACGAAGAAUUAAAGACCACCAAGUCAUGGAACAAGGUCGAGGAGGGUGUCGGAGUGGCAAUCGGCAGGCGAAAACGCACUGCUGUUCUUCAGCAGUUAUACUACUGGUCCAGCUCGAGCGAUGAAGAAGAGGCGCCGGAGCCGGUUCUGGUACCCGAGGAGGAAGAGGACGAUCGACAGGAGCAGCAUGGAUGGAUAGUGGGCGACUCCCACAAGCGGAUGAUCACGAUGUUGGCGAUGGAGAAGCAGCAGAAGGAAAAGCGACGCAGGAGCGAAGACGAGUUUGAAUCCGGCAAAACGAAGAGCAAAAAGCAUAGGAACAGUACCUCUUGAUACGUGUUUCACGAUUAAAUUUGCAACCGCGUGUGACGGACGAUUAAGUCACCUCGGUUUUUUCUAGAACUAUAUAGAAGCAAAAGUGCAACCAGAAGAAUUUGUCUCUUUAAUUAAAACUGCGUUUUAUUUUACGGUGAUUAUCCGUCAGGCAAUUCUAUUUAGAUAGAUAAUUGUGUACAAGUGAACACGAUGCGAAGUCAUUUUUCUUGUGUUCGAUCUUUUUCUUCUUUUCUUGUUAGAUGAAUAUCGAACGAAUGAAAGUGAUAUGCGCGAAUAUGAUAUCAGCGAAUGAAAGGCGAUAUAAAGAAGCGAAGAAAGAGAUAUAAAAUGUAAAUAGAUGCUUUAUGGCAUUAGAGUAAGAAAAAAUUAGAGAUUAGAAAAGUAUCCUCCCGUUGCACUAAAAGUGUGUGUAUGUGUAUAUAUGUAUGUAUAUAUAUGUAUGUGUAUAUGUGG